AUGUUUCUGAAGGCUGUGGUCCUGGCCCUGCUGGUUGUCACCAGUACCCGGGCUGAGGUCAAGCCUGACCAGGUGGCCAAUGUGGUGUGGGACUACUUCAACCAACUGAGCAACAAUGCCAGGGAGGCUGUGGAACAUCUCCAGAAGUCUGAGCUCACCCAGCAGCUCAAUUCCCUCUUCCAGGACAAAUUUGGGGACGUGAACACGUAUGCCAGUGACCUGCAGAAGAAGUUGGUGCCCUUUGCUACCGAGCUGCAUGAGCGCCUGACCAAGGAUUCGGAGAAGCUGAAGGAGGAGAUUCGGAAGGAGUUGGAGGAGCUGCGGGCCCGGUUGCUGCCCCAUGCCAACGAAGUGAGCCAGAGGAUCGGCGACAAUGUGCGCGAGUUCCAGCAGCGCCUGGGGCCCUAUGCGGAGGAGCUGCGUACCCAAGUCAACACUCAGGCGGAGCAAUUGCGGAGCCAGCUGACUCCGUUAGCUCAGCGCAUGGAGAAAGUGCUGCGUGAGAACGUGGACAACCUGCAGACCUCGCUGACCCCCUAUGCCGACGAGCUCAAGGCUAAGAUUGAGCAGAACGUGGAAGAGCUCAAGGGUCGCCUCACACCCUACUCCGAGGAGCUCAAGACCAAGAUCGACCAGAACGUCGAGGAGCUGCGCCGAAGCCUGGCCCCCUACGCCCAGGACGUCCAGGAGAAACUCAACCACCAGCUCGAGGGACUGACAUUCCAGAUGAAGAAGAACGCCGAGGAGCUGAAGGCCAAGAUCCAGGCCAAAGCCGACGAGCUGCAGCAGAGGCUGGUGCCUGUGGCCGAGGAUGUGCGUAGCAAGCUGCGGGGAAACACCGAGGGACUACAGCAAUCUCUGGCGGAGCUGAGCAGCCAACUGGACCGCCAGGUGGAGGAGUUCCGGCGCAACGUGGGGCCCUAUGGCGAGACCUUCAACAAAGUUUUGGUGCAGCAGGUGGAGGAGCUGAGGCAGAAGCUGGGCCCCUACGCGGGGAACAUGGAAGGCCACUUGAGCUUCCUGGAGAAGGACCUGAGGGACAAGGUCAACUCCUUCUUCAGCACCCUCAAGGAAAAAGAGAGCCAGGACCAGACUGUCCCCCAAUCCCUCCCCCAGGUGGAGGAGGCUCCCAAGGCGCUAGAGGGCUGA